CUCCAGUCAGUUAUCAACCUUUGCCAGAUGUGUCAAAACCUUUAACUAUAAAUUCGGAAAAAAAACUGUCUCCGAGGAAUUACUGGUGCGCUAAAUACAUGCCGAGAUAGUGGAUCAUCAGUGUGACUUUCAUUAUGGCAGACGCAGAGGUCAAAACACCCGGUGAAGUCGCUCGCACGCUCGUUGACGUCGAACAUGUGAAGUCAGCUCUAAAAGCAGACAAAGGCAUCGACGCCCACCUCGUCUCCUGGGCUCUGAGGGACUUCACGAAGAAGGACGAUAACCUCACCAGCGUCGUGACGAGUAUCGACGUCGAGUACAGCCUGCAAGGAGUCGAGAACCAGACGUCAUCGUACGUGGUGAAGAUCAACCCCAGUCUGAAGGAGAAUGAGUACGAGAGCUUCACGCACCAGAUUUUCACGAAGGAGGCGAGCUUCUUGAGGGACCUGGCGCCGAAGCUGUCGUCGCUGAUGGAGGCCGGGGGACAACGCCCCUUUGCCUUUCCUGCGCAUCUCUUCUCCAAACUGGACGAGGGGCGCGAGUUAAUCAUCAUGGAGGACCUCCGUCGACGAGGCUUCAAGACCCGGGACCGCCUCGUGAGCAUGGACGUCACGCACACGACCCUCGUCAUGCAGGAACUGGCGAGGAUUCACGCCGCCUCGUUUCUCCUGCAGGACAGACAGCCCACCAAAAAACUGGCGGACACCUACGAGUUCCUGAAGGCGGACUGGGCCACUUUCACCGGCGAAAAACGAGCCACUUUCCAGACCAUGUUCUCUGACUGUAUGGCUGACGCGGUGACUAUUCUGGAGAAGGUUGGAGGUUAUGAAAAGGUGAUUGACUGGAUGAAGAGGAGUCAGGCAUCUUGCAUGGACGUGAUGGAAGCCCAGGUGUCCAAAGCAUACCCGUUUGAGGUUCUGUGCCACGGAGAUUUCUGGACUUGUAAUCUGAUGUUUAGAAAACCGAACUUGGAGACGUUUCUGAAAGCUUACCACGCCUCCUUUGCGGACACGAUGGCUGCCUGUGGUACCGACGUGCCUUUUAGCUUGCAAGAGUUGAAGGAUGAAUACAAGAAGAGGCUGAAAUACGGACUGUACUUUUCCAUCAUGGACGUUCCUAUGAUCCUGACAGACGCGUCGGAUGUCCCCUUAGGCGAGGAUUUUCUGCAGAAGUGUUAUAUAGAGAUGAAUGCACGUACCCAGCCUGAUCAACCAAGCCAACGGCAGUGCAGAGGCAUCCAGACUGCCUUCGGGUGGCGUUCCUCUUCACCUUCGGAGACAAUGGAGCCCAACGGUGCAGCGGCCGAACUUCGUCCGCGCGAGAUCACGCAGGAGAGUGUCGCGGCGGCGCUCAGGAACGACAAGGGAAGCGACGCUCGCCUCGUCUCCUUCGCGGUCCAGGAAUGCACCAAGAAAGGGGACAACUACGCGACGCUUGUGGCCAGAGUUAUUGUGAAUUACACGCUUUGUGAAACUGACCACAAGGCUUCUUAUGUGGUGAAGUACAACCCCAGACAUUUUAAAGCAUUUGAAAAGUUCGCUUCGGUUAUGUUUAGAAAGGAAACACUUUUUUACCAAUAUCUCGCGCAGGAAAUCCAGUCACAGUUACAAGAAGCUGGACAAACUCCUCUAAGAGUUCCUCGGUGUUUCCAUACUUCCUUAAAAAUAAAUCAAGAAGUUAUCUUCCUGGAGGACCUUCAGCUUAGAGGAUUCAGGAUGUUCGACCGCAAGAAAGGCAUGGACGUCGCCCACACCAAGCUCGUCCUCGAGGAACUGGCCAGACUCCACGCAGCCUCGUACCUCCUCAAGGCCAAGAUCCCAGACCUUGCCGAGAAGUACCCAGUCCUGAGUCUGGAUUGGCUCAACUAUGCCGAUGAAGCAAGGGAUGUUAUGUUCAAGACAUUUUCCAAGCAGAUGGACACAGUUAAAGAUAUGCUGAAUAAAGUGGGAGGGUACGAAGUGGCGGAGAACUGGCUCAGCAGAAACAGGGAGAGAGUAUUAGAGAUACUGGACAUCAGUUCUGAAAGAGUUCCGCCUUUUGACGUGUUGUGCCACGGUGACUGCUGGAACAAUAACAUGCUCUUCAGAUAUAAUGAAGAAGAGGUUCCUGUAGAGGUUAUGUUACUAGACCUACAGAUGUGCCGCCAAACAUCCCUCGCCACCGACCUCACCUACCUCUUCCACACAAGUCUAGAAGGUCACGUAAGGAAGACAAACGUCGAGACAUUUCUAGACACCUACUUCUCGGCUUUUCUCGGUGUUACAGAAGCGGGGAAGACUGCCAUGCCCUUCUCCCGGCAGGAGCUUCGACAGGAGUACAAGAACCACCUUGAAUAUGGCCUGCUGCUAGCACUAAUGGUGACUGUAAUGGUUAUCUGCGAAGGAGACGUCAACAAGGAGGACCAGGAAAGUUUUUCAGAUUCAGUAAGAGAUAUUUUAGAUGAUCUGGUUUCAUCAUCUCCUAUAUUACGCCCGCGAUUCCUUUGUAUGUUUGACGAAAUGAUGGAAAAUGGAAUCAUUCAAUGAUUCAAAGCCUGGGUUACACCUCCCUUGGAUUCAUGUAGUCUGCUUACUGGUUUUUCUCUUUCCUUUUUGAUGUAUGACGAAUGAAAAAGAUAACAUUAUUGUUACUGUAACUAUUGUUGUUACUUGUCUGUUGAUCAUCAUCACCAACAUAUUAACAUAUUAAGUUUCAAAUUUUAGUAUUCCAUCAGUAUUACAAUAUUCAACAAAUAAGUUAAUUCAUAAAAAAAGUCUGUUACCGAGUCUCAAAUAAGUUAUAUAUAGUUUUCCUUAUAAAGAUGUAAAAGAAAAUGGACAGCAUACCUUUAGCUAGAGGUAUUUAAAAGACCGCAUAACAAAAUAUGUAUUCAUUAUGAUAUAAACCUCAUACUCUUUUCGUUGUUAAAACUGUUUCCAAUUACACUGUGAAAAAAUAUUAGAAAAGGUUA